UAAUCAAGAAUAAGGAGAACCAAUCUCUGUCCCUCUUUAUUUCAUUCCUCAAUUAAUGUUCCAUUUUAUUAUAAUUAGCAGUUAAACAAAUAGCCACUGUGACUUUUAUUCAUGGGCUGAAAUUGUAUAUAAACCCCAAAUUUCUGACAUAUCUUUACAAGUUGCUCCAAGCUCAACCAACAUACAAUAACACGGACAAUCUCAACCAACGUUCAGCAAGAUGACAACAAAACUAAUGACUGCAGCCCUCCUGGUGGUGCUCCCAAGCAUCUGCUUAGGCUUUCUCCUUGAGGAUAUCUUUGGGAAACCCCCAGCAACAGUUGAAGGUGUCGACGUUUCAAAAUAUCUCGGCAGAUGGUACCAGGUCUACUCUAACAACAAUCUCUGGAACUCUUUCCUGAGGAAUGCUGUCUGUAUCACAGCUGACUACAGAGCUAUCAACGCAACUACCAUCUCAGUACUGAACUCAAACCGUAUCAAGACCCCCAAUGGCCCUUUGGAUCAGAUCACAGGAUUCGGAUACAAGACCGAGACUGAGGGACAACUUCUUGUAGAACUUUCUGGAGUUCCAGUACCAGCACCUUAUUGGAUCCUCAAGCUUGGACCAGUCGUGAAUGGCCAAUACCAAUACUCCAUAGUGUCAGACCCAAUUCGCUUCACUCUAUUCGUCCUCGCCAGAGACCCACAGAAUUUUGCCGAGAACUUUGACAAAGAGGUCUUGAGCUACUUGGAAGGAGAGAAAUUCACAGAUGUUGAAAACAAGCCAGAGAAAGUCUACAGUGAAAGGGAUUGUCUCUAUGCUGAUGUACCUCCACAGUAAAACUCCUAUAUAUUGAGGACCACAACCAUUGAAUACCAGCCUUAUUUAUUGAUAUUUAUUUUUUGUACUUGAUAUGAUCUGAAUAAAUCCAUGUAUAUG